UGCAGGAUCUGCUGGCGGGGCUCACUGACCACUGACCGUUGAAGCCAAUGCCUUUUCCUGAGCGCAUACGUAUGCUUCGCUGGAUAUUAAUGAUUCGUAGUCAUACCUCCAUUCGAAUGAUUCGAACUUUGCCAGUUGGCGCUGACCAGUUCCAUAGGAUCUUGAAGGAUGCCCUGAGGCCCGUAUAAUAACUAUCUGGGCUCCGAAACGGACCACCUGGAAAACGCACUUCCAUUCCGUUUUCAACAGCUGGAUGUUCGAUAUGCCCUAUCCACAACCCUCUCAUCAGGGCGGCCGUGCACGAGAUUGCCACGAGCCGCCUAGCUUCAGCGGGCCGAGGGAGCAAGCAUACGGGUCUGAAGGAGUCCCAAGUGGUUCUACCCGUCCGCGACCCACUGCUUUCGGGCAGUCCUGUGCUGGUACGAGCUCCGUGUCAGCAGCCAACGACGAUGAUUCUCAGAGGUGUUACGCCUCUAGGACUGAAAUCGACUACGUCGAUGCAUCGAACGCUCAGACGAGCGACUUUAGUGACAGUUCACCCGGGGCCUGGCAAGGAAACCUGCCCGACUUUGCUCGCGGUCUACCAUCGAGGCCGAGGAAACGGCAAAGAACCACUGGCGAAACCAUAAGCAGCUACAACAAGAUCUUACCAACCUUUCUCAACAAAUCCAGUGAGGCUCCGCGGGGUCUUCACCCACCGCCGGAAAGAAUAUGCUAUGCUGAAUACCAGUUCGCUCACGGAUCCGACCUAUUAUCUGGGACAAUGGAUCCUGUUUCGGACAACAAAGGCUCACCGCUGACGCCAUGCGAUCUUGCUGCUGAGUCGACGCGAACUAAGGGGCCGCACACGCCUGUCUCGCCUCCACCGAGCCCCCUACAUCAAUCGACUGCAAAGAUACCAGAAGUACCUAUGGACUGCAGUCAGUUCCAGUACAACGGGAUUUCUGAGCUCAGCUUCCUUACCGCCAACUGGUCUGGACCGUCUUUCGUUGAUAACACCUCGGCUGCCAGUCUCCUUUCGGCCCGCAACAGCUUCCUUGGCGACUUUGAGUAUUGCUCUGGACUUACAGAUAAUCCUUACGACGUAUUUCUCGACGAAUAUCAACAUCAGGUACAAGCAUCAGCAUUUUAUGAUCAGUAUGCUGACCCUUGCGAGACCUUAUCUUGGUCUCAGCAGCCGAUAAUAGAGGCCCAGUCGCUGUCAAGUCAAUCAGUACCAGUUAGGACUUCAGUAGAGGGAGAAGCAGCAGCACCUGACAAAAGGUCAACGAUUCCACGCUUAGCAAUCACGUGUACGGAUUGUGGAUACUCCUUCACUGGCGACUUUCGGACGCGUAAUCUGAAGCGCCAUAAGCAGACUGUGCAUAGCACUGAGGUGUACCACUGCGAUGUCGCUGGUUGUGACCGAUCGUUCAAGCGCAGCGACGCAGUCCAUGCACAUAAACGUCGAUCCCAUCCUAAGUUGAGCUCGUCUGCAUCAAGGACUCGAUGAUGCGGAAAUCGCGUAAGAUGAUUGCGUACCAACUUUCUGUGUUUGAUGUCAGAAUAUGUUCGAUCAUCAUGUUAGGGAUUACGUUCUUUUUGUGCCUGCUCGGGCACU